CGCACCGUAUUUAGUAGGCUGCCAGACUGCCAGAGUGCCAACUGCAUUCGGGGAUCGGUGAUCAGUGAUUGUAUAUUUCAUUGUCGCACGAGAAGCAACGAGUUAGGAAAUGUGAUCCGUUUCGCAGGGGGAUGGCAAUGGUAGUUUCCUGCUUUUAAUUUAUAGGGGAAAAAGAGAAAAAACAGAAGCUCUUGUCCCAAGACGAGAGUACGUCCUAUGUCAGUCGUGAAAAUCUGGGCAUGGUGUGUUACGGGAAAAGAUUAUCGGUAUAAAAAAAAUGUCGUUAUUGCUGCUGACAACGAUACGUUCAGCCAAAAGGAAUUCACUGACAAACAGGUGAAGAUGGAAGAUGAAGCGGACAUUAGAGAGCAAUUAUUUCACAAUACAGUACGGGAGAAUAUCAUAUUCUUCCUUUUAUUUUUGGUUCUUUACGUUUCGAGCUACGCGUUGAUCGCGAAAUUUCGCCGAAAAGACCGCGAGGAUUAUUUUUCUGUGGACGAAGAUGAGGCUACGGUGUACAGGACCAGCCUUUGGUUAUGUACCGUUGCCCUGACGGUUUCCGUUGGAGCAACCUUGCUGCUUCCUGUUUCGAUUGCAAGCAACGAAGUGCUGAUUUUAUACCCGAACAGUUAUUAUGUCAAGUGGCUCAACAGUUCACUCAUCCAAGGUCUAUGGAAUCAUGUGUUUCUCUUUUCAAAUUUAUCUCUCUUCGUAUUUUUACCGUUCGCAUACUUGUUCACGGAGUCAGAAGGAUUCGUUGGCUAUAAAAAGGGUGUAAUGGCUAGAGUCUACGAAACUGUGACGGUUCUUUGCCUAUUAGGAACACUCGUAUUAGGAAUGACAUAUAUUUUAUCAGCGCUCAUUGAUCAUCAAAAGUCCAGCCUUCAUACAUUGCUCAAUUUAUCGACUUACUAUUUACCUUUCCUUUACUCUUGCGUUUCUUUUGUUGGAGUUGUUAUGUUAUUAUUAUGUACACCAAUGGGAUUUGUACGAUUGUUCGGAGUAGUUGGCUCAUUUCUGGUAAAACCGCAGUUCCUAAAAAAUUUAGACGAAGAGUUUUUUGCGUACAGACUAGAGGAGGACUGUAUUCGUAGAAGACUGCAACACGCGAAAGCAACGGGAAAAUCGUACGUUUCGCCAGUGCCUAUGUCGAUACCAGCUUGCGGUUUGGUGUUCGAAGAUGAUGAGUUUCUGAACACAAGUCCGAGCUUGAUGUGCUUGAGAAACGGUGCUCUUCAGCGCGGACUGGCCCAGCGUUUGGAAGAUAUUCAGAAACGCAGGGGUACUUUGGAUCGGCAAAGGCGGACCUGGUGGGUUCGCAGGACUUUGCUGUACCCUUUAGCCAUGCUGGCGCUACUUGUACUUUCCACUGCCACAGCUCUAUUAGCAGUUCAAAACACACUAGAGCUGCUUAUUGGUAUUAAAGCGUUGCCUUUGAGCACAAGGCAAUUCACUCUAGGCAUCAGCUCGUUGUCAAAACUAGGUCCUAUUGGAGCAACAAUUGAAGUGGCAGUAAUUUUGUAUCUAGCUGCUACGAGUGCAAUAGGUCUGUAUACACUUCCUGGUGUUAAGAGCUUUCGACCACGACUUCAUUCCACGCCACUUACACACCUUAUUGCGAAUUGCGCUCUCCUUCUUGUACUGAGCUCAGCGUUGCCGCUGUUAUCUCGAAUAUUAGGUAUGACAAACUUUGAUUUGCUCGGCGAUUUUGGUCGUAUCGAAUGGCUUGGUAACUUUGAACUUGUACUGUUCUAUAAUUUAAUAUUUGCCACGGCGGCGAUUGGUUGUCUAGCGACGAAGUUUACGGCAACCGUUCGCAAAGAAAUUUACGUGAGAUUAAGGAGCAGCUUAAUAGGAAUCUUCAAGAGCGAAAGUAAAAGAAGUUCUCUAGGGAUGUUUUAUACAAAAGAAGAUUAGACUGACUUACGUUAUAGGCAAGAGAAAAAACAAAUAUUCUGCGUUGAAUAAAAAAACAAACAAACAAGAUGAAACUUAAAAAUAAACAAUUAUAUUCACGUAAUGUUAAUCAUGUAGACGUAUAAAAUAAUUAAUUAGGUAGUGUGAAUGUGUGUGUGAGUAUAUUUAGAACUGCGCAUUCAUGAGACACUAUUUUAAUUUUGAUGGCACGUGAUGCUGGUAGAAUAUGUUUAGGAAUUCAAUUGAAUAAGGCCAGUCACAGACAUCGAGCAUGUUUGGCACGUAUGGCCACCAUGGGCGUAUAGCUACGUUAAUUAUUUAUUAUAUGAUCACUAUUUUAAUAAUUAUUUAUCGAAAGUAUACAUACCAAUCUUAUAUGAAUGAGUUUACUUAGAAUGUGAACUCAGUGU